GGAAAAUAAUAUUUACACCGGAAGUGACCCGACGCAUACGGCCAAUUGUGGGGCGGAACUCUCUGGAAUCCCACUGCGGGGCGGAAGUACGCAAAGGUCUUCAGCUGGAGAAAACAAAUAAGGCUUCUCAGCGGCUGAUCAGAAAUGGAUGAAUUGGUGCACGACUUGGCAUCGGCGCUUGAGCAGACCUCUGAACAGAACAAACUGGAGGAGUUAUGGGAAGAGAUGGUCCUGAGCCCAUUGCAGCAAAGAAGACAAAUCCGCAGGCGGCGCGGCCGUAAGCGGCGCUGUGACUCUUCGCAUUCUCUGGAGCACGCUCGAUGUUUCAGCGAGGCCUCGGAGUCGAGUUUGGAUGAAGCUGCCAAGGACUGUCGGGAAAAUGCAGCAGCGGCAGCAAACUUCAGCGACUCUGAUGACAUGGUCAUGGCAAAGAGACGCCCCUCCUUUUCAUCAUCACUCAAAAACAAGCAGCACUCUUGGCCAGAAUCGGACUCUUUUACAGAAAACACACCAGGCAGGCCCAUGAGGCGGAGGCGGAAGGUCAAACGAAUGACCUCAGAUGUGACAGUCAGCCUCCAACAAAAAUUAAAAGUGUCUGAGCUGGACAGUGAAAGGAGUGUCAACCAUAAAUCUGCCAAAAAGCAGCGCCUUUCCAAGUUAAAGAAGAGCACUUCCUGGAUAGCUGCCCACGAUGCCAUGAGUAAUAGCAGGUUCAUUAAUGAGGAGGGGUGGAAGGAGAAAAUGUUUGAAGGAGAAGAGCAGAAGGAGGCAUCUGAUGAGAAUAUGUCAGAAUGUGAAACCAGCAGCAUCUGUAGCAGUGACCCAGGACUUUUUACUAACGAUGAAGGAAGGCAAGGAGAUGAUGAACAAAGUGACUGGUUCUUUGAGGGUGAGUGUGGCUCAGGACUUGGCGUCCCUAGUCUUUUUUCCAGUUGGGAGACAGACUCUCAACCAGAUGUUGAUAACGUUGAUUCAGGAAUGGAUAAGCUUUCCUCUCCAACAUUUCCUCAGCCCUCACGACCUGUCCAGAGAAGUUAUCAUGCUCGUUUGAAUCGCCUGCCUGGUGUGGCUUCUCGCUGUAUCAGGAAAGGCAGACGGAGACUCCCUGGCAAGGACAGUAAUUUUUCACCCAUGUCAGUUGAAAGAAUAAAUCACUUUUCACAAGAUCCUUAUGAAAAAGAUUUCUGGUUAACUGGAAAAGGGCACCAGGACAUGAAAAAGAGGCAGCACACUUGGGAAAAGCUUUUGUCAUCUAUCACCGUGGGGGAAGGCACAGAACAGAGAAAUGAAAAGAGACUAAUGUAUAAUCCAUUGUCACCCUUGUAUCCAGUUGACAUGGUUUCAGAUGGAUCUCAUCGACGGUGUUCAUCUGCUCUCUGCAAAAACAGGCAAACAAGUGUACACUUGGGUUUACUCUGCACUGGAGAUAUCAAAAGGAGGAGGAAGACUACAGGACAUCCUGGUUCUACAGCAGCUUGCAUCUCUUUCAACGAGGAACAUUUAGGAGAGGCAGCUGAAGGAGCUACAAACUCCAAAUAUCCCUUAUCAGCAGAAUGUCCGGGACCAGCCGGAUCUUCAGCAUAUGAGAAGCCGGAUUUUAUCAAACCAGCCAACUUAUUUAAAAUGCCAAGGGAGCAGGGACACAUGUGAAGACCUCUCUCCAUUGCCAGCUUGCUUUCCCAUGAACAUGAAAGGAGGGUCUUUUGUGUUCAUUCGGUAUCAUUUUCUUUUAUGACCAAAAGCUCACUGGGGUGGGUUAAAUGAACUUUUUUUUUAUCUGUUUUAACCAAGACAGAAAUGUCGAGCAGCACACCAGAGUUCUCUGUAAAUGAUUUUUUUGUUUUAUGUUCAGUAAAACCUGAACAGGAUUUCUAACAGAUGGGCACACAGCUUAGUUUAUAUCUUUUAAUGAUUAUAUUGUAAUAAGCCAGUCCACUUACUAUCGAAUAUUCAGUGCUCUGAGAUUAGAGUACAAGUUCUAUUAAGAAGAAAUGUGAAAUGGUAUAAUUAGCAGAAUAAUCACCCUAAUGUUUCUUUUUACAUUUGUGUAGUAUUUUAAAUGAGUAUUGUAUUUUCAAAAUGAGCCCACCUAUAUACUAAAGAGGAAGCUAAUGCAUUAUUCUGUAAUCCCCAUGAUGGGACACAGCACUUUCCCCUAAAUACAUAAUGGGGCGUGCUUGUUUAGUAUUGCUUGACCACCAUUUUAUGUUGCGGUCAUUAGAAAAAUUGCUUUGUGUCGCUUUGCAAAUUUGUUGCUCCACAUUUCACAUUAACACAAUUGAAGGUGGCUUUGUCCCCCGAAUGCUUUGGCUUGCUGACUCGUUCAGCAGCACUUGUAGAUGUUUUUUCCUGUCACACCCCACCAGAAAGUAAUCUGUAUAAGAGGUUAGAUCUCCCAGUCACCCCCACUCAGCACUCAUUGCUAGGAUGUAUUUACAAGUCUCUUUGCUAGAACAGUUAGCAUUUGCACAAUAAAAGCACUUUGUUUUUUCUGCCCUUGAGGAAUUAUCUAUCUACGAUUGAUAUUCAAAUACUGUUUGUAUUUCAAUAUCAGUUGUAAAAAGGCAUGAAUUGAAGAUAUGCUAAAUAUGCCAGGCCACCAUUAAUACAAGCUGCUAUUAUGAUAAUAGUCCGUUAGCUGGGGAAGAAAAUGUUUUUAGAUGUAGGUUUGACUAGAUAUGAGUUUCAGUGUUUUAGCUGACCGUAAUCAUACGGGUCACAUCAUUAUUUGACAUAUUCACACUUUUGGCCUGACUUGAACAAUAUCUUAAAACCAAGUUCUUGCAGCAAGAGAUUUAACAGGCCACUUAGUGGAGUGGCGGUCAUUCUGAGCCCCUUGUUCUGAUGUUUAAUGGACGUAAGUGUCACUUGGAAUGCCUUAGACAGAACUGUUUAGUGUUACAGAGACUGGGAGAAAUGGCCAGAGCAGCAUUUUUAAGUGAUGGGCAUGCAGGUUCAUUUCUGACUUUAAAUGGCCGUGUUGUAGUGAGACAUUCCAGAAAGAGUAAUGAGUCUGAAGUAUUCAUAGUGGGUGAAACAGCUGUUUAAAAUGCAGUCGUGUGUGUGUGUGUGUGUGUGUAAGAGGUCAAAGUGCACCCCGUUUUAAAUGUGGCAGCGCAGGUGAUCACUCCUAAUAUUCCUUCUAAUACUGGAGUUUCUGGUUCCCUCUGAAAACCCAAAUAAAUGAUUGUUGGCAGCUGCCAGCCUCCAUUUCUCUUAAACUGUUCUCAGUCAUCACAGCGCCAUACAGUACUCAGAUGGGACCCGAGCCUCCAGCCGUGCUGGCCGUGAUCGCGGGGCUCUGGACUCUCGGUGUACACCUGGGUAAUAAUCUUCCUUUCAACAUCAGUAAGCACAGACGCUUUGUUAGGUGAAACUGAGAUCAGACCUUGGGGGCCAUUUCUCGUACGGUUAUCCUUGUGUAGGAUCAGCUUGAAUACUUUCAACCAUUUGUAUGUUACGGGCACUCUUCACUUGCAGUUUUGUAAAGGCUUAUAUUUUAUUGCACCAAUUCAUGUAAGAAAUGCAUCUCCCUGCACCCUUGAGGACCCAGACAGUGACAGCUUGAAGGAGCAGGCAUACGUCUACUGUAUGUGCCCAUCCCCUACCCCCACCAGGUUUAGGGGAGCAUGUCCCACUCUAAUUAACAUUCACAUUGACGACACUGCCUGCAUAUUUUAGGGACUAAAUGUCCAAUCCUGCCAAAGUAAUGAAAAUGUUCAGGACGUCUGAGCGUGUCAUGUGGGCGCUGUGAAUUGCCCUGUUACAGUUAAGAAAUCUUGCGGCCUGAUAAAACUCAUAUUUCAUUCCCUGUAAGGAUUACCUGUCACCAGGAAAAGAGAUGUAUUGAUCUGUUUUCCUUUUUAAAGCAGCAAUCACCUGGCAAAGGCACCUAGAGCAGUCUGACUGAAUGAUGCCCACACCAUAACCCACACAGUGUAGGUGCUGCCAGUGACCCCAGAGUGACAAAAAGAACGGCACACCACCUUAAACUCGGUGUGAACCUGGGGGAGAGCAGCUUGGCUGCCCAGAGCAUUUCAAGGUCUGCUUCCUUAGUUUAAAACAAGCUUGUGUUUGUUGUUCAUGUCAUUGGGGGGGAUCAUUUGCCACUUUGAAGAGAGACUUUUCAUGCAGCCACCGAUACAGCCGCUGACAUUUCAGUUGAAAGGUAAUGUGUCAAAUUUAAAAUAAUUUUCUACUGUGUUCACAUGUAGCAGGCGGUCUACCUUGUAGCCCUUGAGGUCUCAGUGCAUGGAUUUUUUUGAACUAGUGCACCCCAUUUCAGUAAUGCAGAACGCUUUAUGGUCCCCUAAAUGCAUUACAUCCAUGGGCGCACAAAUGGUCUGCCGGAGUGUGAAACUCAAGAAUGCCGCACUUUGUGUGGACUUUUACGGCUCUUGGAGGUUUAUGGUUGGCUGCCUGUUUUAACCCUAGCAGAGGUUUAUAAAGCUCACUGUGACUUUACUCUCGCCUGAGUGUAUUUAAUGCCAAUGCUUAAUUUCUAUGUAUAUUGUUACACAUAAAUAUUAGACUAAUUGAAACAGAUUAUAGUAAAAGACAAAAGCAGAUAAAACUCACGUUUCAUUUGUUUGUGGGCAAAAAUUCUGCUUACCUGAGUCUAUAGUUAAAAACAAGUUCUGUAAAGUUUCAGCUGUCUGCUUUAUCAGGUGUAGCUCUGACCUCCUUUUCCAAGUUUUUUAUUAACUUAAUUAACUCCUCUGUCCAUUUUUGUGUUUUUUUUUAUUACCAUUCAGAGACGCACAGGCCACUGCAGUACCCUGAUAACCGAACAACUAUCUUUAGAUUUUUAGGGUUAAGGUUGGAUUGUCCCCAUGUCAUCUUAAUUCUGUAUAAAAGUGUAGAGGUUAGAUGGACUCUUUAUUAUCCCAGAGGCACAUAUAAAUAAACACAGAGUGGGAGCCCAUUGCAGCGUUAAUGUGAUCUGAUCUGUUGAUCUCUGAGUCGACAAGUGGCACCUCAUAAUUUGUACUCUUUCAGGUGAACACAUUUCCCCAACAUUCACCGUCUUUACUGCACACAGCAGUAUGAAGCCUGACACUUAGUAACUGGCGAUGCCACCUUCAUUAAUGGUAACCUGUACCCAGUUGUGCAUGUCAGUCUUCUGGGUUCAUACCCACUUCAGCACAUUUAAUUGCAGGCUGCCAUUCGUGUCACAAGCGGUGUGAAGAUGAAGGAUUUGGUUUGGCCGCUGCAUUGCACGGUGAUACUACUUAGUGUUUGUGCAUCUUGGCUAGUUGUCACAUUCUGUUAGGCUUAAAGCUUGUGCUCGUUUAGCUCUGACAUUUUCCUGAAGAAUCUGUCCUCAAAUAAUUGUAAGCCAUCUGGAUCCUGAGGCUUUAGAGCAACAACCUUAAACCUUUUUAAUCCUGCCGCCUGCUGGGGGUGAGGGUUGUUGUAUGUUGGGGUCCUGUUUUCUUUUCAUUGCCAUGCACACCAGUCUUGUUGUGGUGAGGGCCCGAAGUAGGAGAGGCCUGCACACCUUCACAUAUUAUUGUGUACUGUGGGGUCUGUUGCCAAGAGGCACAACGCUGCUGAAUUACUGCCAUCUGCAUGCCGUCUGCUAAACAGUGGAUUGGUGGAUUUCUAAGUCACAGAUGGACUUCUUCCCUUGUCAGCAAGGUUGCCAUCUGAUUGUGGACGGUCUCUUUUGAUCGGCUGUGAUCCUCCUUAACAAACCUGUUUUUGUGACAGACAGUUUCUGGUGGUGACAGGUAAGGGUUCCAGUCAGGAAGGAGCCACUUAAAGUCAGACCUGACCGCAGCCAUCAUUUACUGAACUGAUUAAGGCGCACCAUUCAAAAGACCCUUUAGGAGUCACACACCUUCUCCAGCAAAGAAAGAACAGUUAGAACGUUAGAGCAGUGUACUCAGAAAAAUGAAGUAAAACUACAGUUGUCUGUAUUAUUUGUGUAACCGGUAACUCCUUAAUUAUUAGGACUUGUAAGAUGGGCAGAAUAACAUGUUUUACUAAAAGAUUUCUGACCAAAUAAUACAUUAUUAUUUUUUUAUGCAUAUGUGUAAAAAUAAUAUAAAAUGAGUGAUCACCACCAGAGGAUGAUCUUGUGGAAGCCAAAGUAAUACAAUAAAAAGGUGUUAACAAAACAAUCUUACAAAGAAUAUAAGGAGUAUUAAAGGAGCAAAAGCAAAACCAAUCAGUUGCAUUGGGAUCGACAGCAUCCCAGUGUUCCAUGUAGAAUGCUACAGGCUCUGGACAAACCCACCUCUCUCACGGCACGUAUGUCUGGCUGACCCCUGGCCUGUCUGCAGAGUGACCUGAAGGGGCUUUUAACUUAGUUCGGAAAGCACCCCAGGGAGAACUUGUCUAAUUCCUGAAAAUGGCUGCCUUUAAUAGCCCCCGGGUGUCCCAGGUCCCCCAGACCUGGCAACAUAAGGCACCCCCGUCCAUUACAGGAACCAUGAAAAAUUCAAGGGGCUCCCCUGUUGCCCCUGCCAGACUUGGGGAUCUUUUGUCCCAUAGGUUUGAGGUCCUCACUGCCCCUGCCUGUUUGCCGGUCCCUUUCAGCACAUCCUAUAUAACUUUGGGGAACAGCACCCCCUAUUGAUGGUGGUCAAGUACUACAUUCAUUCAGUUUAAGUUUGUUCUUUUUACGUUUCGUGUAUAUAGCUAGUUUCCCAUUGUACAGAGGCUUUCUUUUUUUAUUUCUCGUUUCGGUGUGUUUGAGAUUUGUGUUAUUACUGGGUAGAGAAGGAUGGCAGUUAAUAUUGAAACCCUCGAUUCUCUGAUUAGCUUUGUGUUGCUGAGGGCAAUGCGCCCAGAGAUCACCUCCUGGCUGUUGGCAGGAGGGUAUCCUGAGAUGGACUUCAGUCCGGUCCCGCAUUGGUCCUUGCUGUGCUCUUGACUGUGGAGGCAGUGAGCAGCAACCUGCUUCUGAACUAAGAGAAACGUUGUGAUGUACACAUUCCUACUGAAUAAUGUGUGAAGCCCACAGGUUUGUUGGAAACUUUACUUGAUGAAGCAAUUAUUUUGAAAUACCACCAGCAGUUGACUAGAAUGCUGGAAAAUAAACUCUUUCAUACAGCUUGGCUGCCUGUGUAACUACAACCGCAUGUUCUUUCUGAGAUCCUCCUAAUCCAAUCUCGGGUCUAUCCCAAGAGCACUGGGCACAAGGCAGAAUAAGUCCUUAGGCAGGGGACAUGUCUAGCAAAUGAACUGCAGUGAUACCUUGGAAUCCAAACAUAAUCCGUUCCAGAACCCUGUUCGAGUUCCAAGGCAAUUUUUCCCCUUUAAAAUAAUAGAAACUGGAUUAAUCCGUUCCUGGGUCCCAUAAGCUCAAAUUUUCAAAAUGAUUUUAACAGUAAAUACACUGGAUUUUAUGGUAAAAUAUUAACAAAUAAUAAUAAUAUUUGAAUAAAAAUGUAAAUUAAUAUAAUUAAAAAUAUAAAAACCUGUAUUUACCUUAAAAAGGAAUGAUGGUGGUGCAUGUGGAAGGCGGAGGAGGAGGAGAUUAUUGCUUGGAAGGCUUUCCUCUUACUCUUACCCUGUAUUUUCCUCACUACACUUUUUAGGACCCAUGGAGAAUAUACUAAGUUGUUAUUAUAUAAAAAAAUAACACAAAACAGGCACAGAAGCAUAAAUUAGCAGAGAAAAUUACACAAGAUGCUUUCACUACAGCUUCCGACAACGAACUGAACGAUAAAGCAUAUGGGUGGCCCGAGCGCAGGGGAAACGUACGCACACACACACACGAACAACGUGCUGGACGUUUGGACUCCGGGGGCAAUACUGUACAUGUAAAAAAAAAUCAACCUGCUUCAGACACUGGGAGUAAGGCCCCAGUAAGUAAAUGGCUAGCCUGUCACGGGUGUUUGGUUGACGUUUCUCUUCAAUGCCCACCACAAAGAUUUCAAAGGCAGCAGUUUGAUGUUCAGAAAAGGCUGUGUGUCGUGUGUCAGUGUCCGCCAUUCAGUCCCAGCAGACACAUUAUACAUUACUGUAUGUGGAGAUUACAAGAAGCAGAUUGCUGUUUUUUUUUCUUUAAACUAGAAAUCGCCCAUUAGAUUUGUUUUUUAUUUUUAAAGUUUUUUGUUAGUAUGAUGGUGCAAAACUUUCACGCUUCGUUCUCGUUUCACAAUCUGCACUUUAGUGUGUACUGAACACCUUUAUUUUGUCUUCAGAUCUUUUCCUCCUCCUUGACUCUGUCCCAACAAGGACUUGGCAGGCCUUAGAAGUUUUCUGGUCAGUAGACAGCAUGGCUGUUUCUCACAUGUCUCUAUACAGCUGUGUCUUGUGUACAGUGUAGGAAACAAUUCAAAAAGGGAAUUCAUGUGUAGCCCCCCAAAGGCGGCUGCUUGUACCCCUCCGUAAAACAUUCUACUGGAGGCGCCUGCUCAUCUGUCAUGGGCCGUGCUGGGUGUCAGUCUGAAUGCUGCCAGAGUGCCCGCUUUGUAAUUCAGGAGCACCCCUGGUGGUCCACACUGAAGCAAAUGAGCAGGCAUCUGGAUGUUUAUUUAAAGUUGAAAUUACACCUCAAGUUCAGUUUGAAUUUGUUUAUUCGAGCAUCAGAUUUAUUUGAGCACUGGGCCCAUCGUAAAGGCCUUGAUUUAAAUUCCUCUGCAGUCAUCGCUUAUUAUCAUUUCAUAGCUUUUAAACUGGAGCCCCUUUUUGGUCCACUUGGUGCUAAUAAAACUACUGCAACAUCUACAGAUUUUUUCCCUUUCUAAGGCCCAGGGUGCUCAGCGCUCAUUUAUCAUGUUCAUUUUUUUAAUUGAGAUUUUAGGCAGCUAACUCAUGCAAUAUAAAAUUACCACAACUCGUAUUGUUGUCAUUAUUCUCAAUAAAGCAAGCAUGCUGCCUUACACGCUCCUGCAAGUUAAGUGUUUCCUACAAUUACAGCAGGCGCGGCGCGCUCAGUGUCGGAGGUGUGUACUGCACCGUGUGCAUUUGGGGGCUGCGAGAGAGAGGACAGCAUUUUGUAUUGAGCAUUAUAUACUGUAGUGAACGCACUUGUAAAAAACUAGACCUGUUUUUGAAGUUGAGGCACACCAUUUUUCUUUUUUACUGCUAACUGCAGUUGUCUUUUGACCUCGGGUAGAGGAGCCGUACACAGUUAUGGGUGUCUCGAACCAGCAAACUAAACAAUCCCUGUGUUUGACCGUACUUGGGCAGCGCGCUGUCAUUCUUGGGAGUGGACUUGAUUAAAAUAGUAACACAAGAAAGAUGACGGCAGAUACACAACAAUAUGUCUACCUGACAAGAUGCCUUUACUAUAAUGAGCCGUCACGGGCUCUCUCCUAGCAUUCUACCGCGUGACAGCCGCAGGUCCAGCAAGUCCGUACUCACUCUUGGCUCAACCCAGAGAGUGCAUUGCAAGUAACAAUCAGGUUUUAGGGUCUCUGAUUACUUAAAACAAUGUAUGAGAGGCCAAAGAAGGCAAUGUCAAAGUUAGUUUGUACUUCAUGGUCUCAAUUCACACCAACUGAAGUUCACACUGUUCAGAAGUCGUGUCAUGUCAUUUCCUAACAAACUUAAUCCAGACCAAGGGGCUGAUGGGGGAUGGACUGGAGCCUAUCCCAGGUAACAUAGGGUGUAAGGCAGGAACCCAUCACAUGGUGAACACACACAUAAGAUAGGACCAAUUUGGCUAACCUGCACAUCUUUGUACAUUAGGAGGAAACCAGCAACCCACAGACAUGGGCAGAAAAUGCAAACUCCAUGCAAUCGAGGACUUGGGACACAAACCCCGGUCUCCUCACUGCAAGGCAGCAGCACCCUCAUUCCAGAAAUGGCUCCUUAUGUAAGAUAAAUAAAUGAAGCCUACAUGUUAACACUGUUGUUCUCUCUCUUUAAGAGAAGAGCAGGCAGUAACAGCUCUGUUCAACAACUUGAAAACCAUACUGGCCAGGUGACUGUCCGAUUCCUGCUUGUCCCGUUUUAGGAGGGGCUUGGCAUUGUUGGUAUGUCUGAGACAUGCGCUUGCUGCUGCUGUUGUUUACUGGCAGAGGACGCCAUCUUUGCUAGAGCUACUUAGUUGUGUGCCAUGCUGCAGAACUUCAUCCUCUUCUUGUAGCUGCACAUGUAAAUGACCUGAAACUGUUGUGCUUCUGAUUGUUACCACUUAGGAAGCAGCUGGUAUUAAGUAUUCAUUAUUCUAGCACAUUCUAAAGUGACUUACAAGGGGAGCUGUAAACAAAACUAUGAGCGAUCACAAAGUCCUCCAACAGUGAAGUGUAGUAUAGAAGAGAAGGGUUUGGGAUGUAAGCAACAUCUUGCACACUGUGAACGAGGAGGGUCUGGUUCAAAGUAGGAUAAAUGGCCAUGCGCACAUAAAGCUCCCGCCGUGAGUGCCAUCGACGUCUGUGUGGUAGACUCCUGUAGGAGUCCAUUGUGUCCAUUUGCAUUGUAUUACCAAAGCGCUCGACCCAAUCAGUAAUUUCAACAUUUGUUGACUUGCAUAUCUAAAAUGGAAAUGAGCAAACCUAACAGCUAACACAAGCUUGCUUUCUUUCUUAAUUUCUAUAGUGGGAAGGACCACUUUUCAGUCUUUCUAAUGAGUUCUUCUUAAUUUUAUGUUGUGUUUGCACACGUGUGUCAUUUUUUGGUCCACUUUUCCAAUGAAAGAGCCUUGGCUUGCAUUGCAUGGUGGAUGUUGUCUAUGCAUAGAGUCGUAAUAUUCAGAUGACACUGGGGGCAAGGCUGCAGCUGCUGGGGGGAUUUGGCCAAAUAUGACCAUCUGGUUGUUUCUCCAAAGCUCUGCCAGUUGAUUUUUGCUUUUUUUGAGUGCGUAUCUUCAAGAAUGCAGUACCUGCCACCGUCUUUAAGUAGACUUUGUGUUGUUCAGAUAACAUUUGCUUUGGAGUUUGGAAGAUUUGUGAUUUACAGCUAAAAAUAUUUGAUCCCAUAUUGCAGUGGCUGAUUCUGUGUGUCCUUUCCUUAGUGGCGUAGCAUUUUACAGUUUUGGGGACCUUCAGGGUGCUGCAGUUGAUGGACUCAAAAUGUCCACCAUGCCUAAAAAGUCAUAUUUUUUCCCCUGAGAAGCUGCAUUUGGUGGUUGAUUCUCAUCGCAUUUGUAGCAUCAAAGCUUCCCUUUCUUUCAUCAGCUUACUGAAAUCAUCAGGCCUCGCCUUGCAGCUCUACAGCAUUUUCCUUUUGGUAAUCGUCUCAUCAUUUUUGUAGGUGACUUCAUAUCAUCAAUGAACGUAUCAGGUGGUGGUGUGUUCUGGUGGGCUUUAUUUGGACUUCUCUCAUGUUAAAUGUUCUCCGGUUAUUUGAAGUUUCAUUUAAAACUGGAUCAUGAAGUUCAAGUAUUUUGGUAAUGGCCUCAGCGUCGUCCUUGUCAUUGUCACUUACCCAAGCCUGGUUAGAUGUUUAAAUGUUCAUGGCUUCUGUGCAGGUAUUGUAAGUCUCGGAUCUCUUGUGGAGCUCAUUGCAGUUCCUAAUAAUCAAAUGGACUUCCUGCGGCUCCUUGUGGUCAGUUGGUUGUAUCUCUGUGCCAAGAUACAUAAAAACACUAAACUUAACGCAUAUCGAUCACGUCAAAGCAUUUGUCUUCUGCUCCGUCACAUGCCUUUAAAUGAACAUUACGUUCAUGGACUGAACACCAUUGCAUUUUACAACACUGACAUUUAGCGCACAAAUCUCCAUUAUGGGCAAAGCAUCUCAUUGUCUAUAUUGUAUCAAGAUCAAACCUGGAGGGGCUUUGUUGUUUCCCGAGUGGUGUGAUAAACUUGUGCAGAGAUGAACUGAUGAAUGGAGAGGCCUGGCACAUGUCAACUCCUGUAGGGCACACUUUCAGAGAAAGCACCACCUGCUUAUGGAAAUGCAACGCCCCCUGGGAUUGAGUAGCUUCUGUGCCGUCUCGGGAGGAAGAUGGUGGAAUAUGGUGUUGUCCUCUCAUUAUUUCACUUGCAAUAUGGCUGUGGAUUCCUGGAUCACCACAACUGAAUGGGUUUGCCUCCUGUUCAGCCACCAGAAUUGCCUCGGCCCUUUUUGGUCUUUCUUUUUUUGACUCAUCUCUUAAAGGUCUCCUCAAUGGGACCGUUUCCUUGUUCUGAAUUUAAACUUCUUGCCAAUGCAAGCACAGUAUGCUCCGUGUUGAAGACCUCAUAUUGUGUGCUUCCCUCCGAAUUUGUCCCCGUUUCUUGAAGCUUGCGUCCCGCUGAUCUCCGAGUGGCUGAUUCUGUUCUCACGCCGUUGCCUGCGCAGUUUAAAUGUCUUUCAGGACUGUGCUGGUGUGCUCAGUCUGCCCACCCAGAACCUCCAAGUAGUUUGUGGCUAAGAUUGGCGAAGGCAGAUGACGUAUGUCCUUUCAUGUUUUGGGUGAGGGCAUGAUACCUCUUAAUGUUUGAUACACAUUCAAGUUUUAAAAAGGCAAUGCUGUCCGAUUUUUCUGAAAAUAUUUGUGGUGUUUCUUUCUAGUAGCAAUUGUUUUGUAUGUGUCUUUUCCAUAUGAUGCUUCUGGUAUAACUGAAAAUUGUUUCCAAUGAGAUGCUAUCUUGUCAAUAAAUCUUCAAAAGCCA